AUGAUUGAUCUGUCGUCACAAAUGAAAAAACUUGAUGCACAAAGGGCAACAUUACAAACGGAGUUGAAAAGUCUUGAAAAACAAAUGAAAACACUUUACAUGGAAAUUAAAAAACUUACAAAUAUCUCGGAAAAAGGGAAAGACUGCGCAGAUCUUUACAGAAAAAGUAUAAGACACAAUGGAAUAUACAAAAUAGAUCCGGAUGGUAAAGGAUACUUUAAAGUCUUCUGUGACAUGACGUCAUCUGGUGGUGUAAACACGUCAGGCACUAAAAAAUACGCUGAAUAUGAAGAUUUUGUUGUAAAGAAUGAAAAUUCUAAGUAUCAAUUAAGUAUUGGAAAUUACACAGGAACUGCUUUGGAUGCAUUAUCCUAUCACAAUAACAUGAAGUUUUCAACCAAAGAUUCAGAUAAUGAUAAAAGUGGUAGUGGAAAUUGCGCUACUUCCUACACAGGUGCUUGGUGGUAUAAUGCAUGUGAUCAGUCUAACCUAAAUGGUAAAAAUCUUGGUUGGCUUAAUUUUAAUAACGUGAAAACCAGUGAAAUGAAAAUCAAACCAUGA